AUGCCAUAUAGCUGGGACAUGUCACUUCCGUUCACCACGUUAUUCCCAAGGGUGUUAACUGUUUUCAUCUUUUUAUCAACCUGUUGGACUGCUUUUGAGCAGAUUAAUAUUAUUUCAAAUGUUGCUAAAUGUAUUAUAAUAUUACCAAUUUUGAUUACAUCACUAUACACAUAUUUUAAAGUUAUUAAUUUGGGACCUGGAAGUCCCUUGGAUUUCCACGAUCUACACAUUAAUAAUAUCAAUGAUGUCGAGAGCAGUUUUGAGCUACCUCCACAAUUUUUAUCACAAAACUCCUUGACAAUAAAAAAUAAUGGCAGACCAAGAGUCUGCAGAACGUGUAACGUUUGGAAGCCAGAUAGAUCUCAUCAUUGCUCCACAUGCAAUAGAUGUGUGUUGAAAAUGGAUCAUCAUUGUCCUUGGUUCUCUGAAUGCAUCGGGUUCAAGAAUCAGAAGUUUUUUAUCCAAUUCCUCAUUUACAAUACAACCUAUGCAUAUGUGAUUGCCAUCUUAACCUCAAAGCAGAUGUACAACUGGUUCGAUGAUGGAAGUUAUGAAAAUGAGUUUGUUAACAUGUAUUUGUUAUUCUUAUGGAUACUGGCACUAGUUGUCUCUUUGGCAUUAUCUUGCUUCGCUGGAUUUAGUGUUUACAUGGUCAUGAAUAAUAAGACAACCAUCGAAAUGUAUGCAAUGAGGAAAUAUAGAGAUGACUUAGAAUUAUACAAUCGUAAUCCUAAUAGAGUUCCCUCUGUUGAAAAUAUUUUUGAUUUAGGAUCAAAAAAAGAAAAUUGGGAGGAUAUAAUGGGCCACUCUUUUAUAGAAUGGUUACUUCCAAUAUCAACAUUUCAUUCAUUACUUAUGAAAAAUACAUUAGAUGAAAAGGGACUCUACUUUAAAGUUAAUGAAAGAGUUCAUCAACGACUAUUGGAUAGUGCCAAUAUUCAAGAUCAAUUAUUAAGAAGAGUGACCCCUGGAUCAUCAUUUGAUAUUAAUGGAUAA